AUGCUCAAAAGCAUUUCAGGCAACGUUUACUUUGGAUUCGACUCAAUUUCAGGCAACCUCACAGCGAAGGCAAUUGCCAUUCCACGUCAAGACCUGUCCCUCCCUUUCAACCCCACGCUCCCCUUCCACCCCCUCCUCUCCCCAUCGCGGAUCUCUGCUGUCUCCUGCAGUGUGGCGAUUUCUGAGGCGCCUAAACUGCAAUUCCUGCGAGAAGAGGGGCGGCAGCACAGCGGCACGGUCGGGAGACGGCCAAUCAGAUCGCAGGGAGGGGACGGAGGGGGGAGAGAGGGAUGGGGGAGAGGAGGAGGGGGAGGGGGAGGAGGGGAGGAGGUAGCUGGGGUGGAGGGCUGGGAGGGCAGGGCGAUGGAGCUGCUGUUGUUGCUGGUGGAAGAGAGGGUUGAGCACUUGAUGGGAGCACGACAGGUGAGAUCUGAUGAGUUUGUAGGGGUGCAGGUGCACGACAGGCAGGGCAGGGCGACGGAGCUGCUGUUAUCACUGGUGGAAGAGAGGAUAGAGCACUUGAUGGGUGCACGACAGGUGAGAGGUGGCGAGAGCACAGGGUGUGUGUGGCAUGUGUGUGGGAUGGCAGAAUAUUGCGUGCUGAUGCUUGUAAGGCAGGGCGAUGGGGCUGUUGCUGUUGCUGGUGGAAAGAGAGGAUAG